AUGAGAGUAUUUCUGAUUCAACUGGCAAACAAAAGAUGGACACUCUACUCUGAGAAGUCAGAGUUUUUGAUAAAGUCUACCAUUGACUUUAGCUCGAGUUCUUCGGGUGCAGCUGCUACACUAGACAAACCAGGAAGAAUAUCAAAGAUGAUACAAUUCCUAAAGGAUAAAGCAUCAGAGUCUAAGCAAGAGAUUGACAAUGCUGUUGAAGGUCAAGGUAUAAAAGGUAAAAUGAAGCAAUUACUUCGUAAACUAGAUGAGAGAAUACAUCCUGAAGAAUCUAUAAUGAUAACAUUUCAUAAAAUAAAUGAUGAUAAUCUUUUUAUUAAACACAAUACUGAACAACAUCACAAAGUAAAUCCAUUGUUAGAUCAUCACCAUCACCAUCAUAAGAAUAAUACACAGUUGGCAAUUCAACAGUUUCACGAGAGACAACAAAGACCUGUGUUUACUAUUAACUAUCCUGUGGCGUUGGGUGAUAGACGUGCAAUGAGAUACACUCAUAUCGUGGUGAGACAACGUGUUCAAUAUCAUAAGUUUUGGGCAGGUGUAAAUCUGGCGUUGAUUCCACUGACUGCAGCGGCAACCAUUCUACCGGGACCUAAUGUAUUUCUCGCUUGGAAUCUUUACAGACUCUAUAGUCACUUGAUGGCUGUAAAAGGUGGAUUGAAUUUAAUGCGUGUAUCACAACAACACAACAAAAUACUCUACAAAGAACACCAACAACUCGAUAACUCAAUCUUUAACAACAAACAAUCGAUUGACCAACUAUCUACACACGCUAAAAUACCUGGUCUAUUUGAAUUUAUUAAAAGAAUAGAAGAUUGUGAAAACAAACCAAUUUUAAAUAAUAAUAAUAAUAAUAAUAAUAAUAAUAAUAAUAAUAAUAAUAAUAAUUCCACAACAUCUACAUCGACAUCAACAACAAAUACAUCUUCAACAACCACUACAACUUCAACAACCACAUCUUCAAAGCCCGAAUCAACAACAUUAACUAACUAA